GGUCUACUGCAAGGCCUGUGAUACAGGCGUGUCUUUAUGCCGUGUUGAAGGUUGGUGGCAUCUGAAGUCUUCAUCAGGCUUGGUUGCCAGGCGAAGUGACGACCUCGAGCAAAUCUUAUCAUACGCUUCAUAGUCAAGAGCUUUCUUGGUCCUCUUCUUGUUUUAUCUUUUCCCUGCGAUGGCCAGCUCACAAAAGGCUACUCAUCAGGUCAUUCGGCAAGCUCUCUCGCUUUAUGCAGAAAAGCACGUCCUCGAGACCGACUCUUCCACUCCAACUGAGGCUCAAACACAGCUUGACGCUUUAACUGCACAGAAUCAAGAAAAGGUCCAGUCUCUACAUGCAAUGAAUGAUGCUGCUGAAGGACUGCUUGGUGGUGAUGCCAAAGUCCUUCGAGCAGAGCGGCUUAAAAUUGAAACGUACAUUGCGUCAAUUGAUGAAGUAUGCAAACGCGUCACUGAGCUGGAAGCACUAGUAGCAGAACUGGAUCAAUGGUCACAAGCAGUUCAAGCUCACGUCGGCAAGUCAUAAAUCAAAGCUGUAUUCAAUGAUGGUUUAGGCUAUGACUU